AUGAGGAAGCAGGUAGUCAUUGUGGGUGCAGGCCCAUCAGGCCUUGCGACUGCUGCUUGUCUAAAUAGCCUCUGCAUCCCCAAUAUCAUGUUGGAGAAGGAAGACUGCGCUGCUUCUCUUUGGAAGAAGAGGACAUAUGAUCGCUUGAAGCUUCACUUGGCCAAGCAAUUUUGUGCACUGCCACAUUUUCCAUUUCCCAAGUCAACCGCCACCUUUGUUCCUAAGAAUGAUUUCAUCCGGUAUGUCGAUAACUAUGUAGCAUAUUUCAACCUGAUGCCCAUCUACCAUACCACCGUUGAGUCUGCUUCAUUUGAUGAAAGAAGCAAAACAUGGAGCAUUGAGGCCCGCAACGGAGUAACAGGCAAGGUGGACGUGUACACUGCAAUGUUUUUAGUCAUAGCAAGUGGGGAGAAUAGCGAGGGGUUUAUUCCAGAUAUCCCCGGGCUUGAGAGCUUCCCUGGGGAAGUAAUUCACUCGUCCUACUACAAAUCAGGGAAGUUAUACAACGACGAAAAGGUUCUUGUUGUAGGCAGUGGCAACUCCGGCAUGGAGAUUGCCUUUGAUCUCUCCAAUUAUGGAGCCCAGACCUCCAUUACCAUACGAAGUCCGCUCAACGUGAUGCCAAAGGAGUAUAUACGUUUGGGGAUGGUUCUUGCGAAAUACCUCCCUAUCAGAUUCGUUGAUUGCCUUCUUCUUAUGCUGAGCAAAUUGAAGUUUGGGGAUUUGUCCAAUUACGGGAUUGUUACGCCAAAUAUGGGCCCACUUGCCGAUAAGGCAGCCACUGGUAGGUCUGCGGUUAUUGAUGUUGGCACCAUAGCAAAGAUCAAGAGCGGAGAGAUUCAGGUUGUCAAAGAGCCAUUACGCAUUACAGGAAAUGAGGUCGCUUUUUCAGAUGGCAAGUCUUAUCAUUUUGAUGCUAUAAUUUUUGCAACAGGAUACAAGAGUAUCACAAAUACUUGGUUGAAGGAUUAUGAUUUCAUCUUAAAUAAAGAUGGAUUCCCCAAGCAACAAUUUCCAAACCAUUGGAAGGGAAAAAAUGGCCUAUACUGUGUGGGCUUGGCGAGAAGAGGAUUGCAGGGUGUCUCCAUGGAUGCUCAGAAUAUUGCAAAUGAUAUUGCAGAAAUAGUCAAUGGUAGCAACGGAGCUCCUUAA